UAAUGAAACUUAAAGAAAAAAUCAUCGAAGGUUCUGUUGACGUUGAUGAUGAUGAUCAUCAUCAGCAUCAGCAACAGCCCGUGGGAUCGAGUAGUACUACUACUACUACUUCUCGUGUCUUGCUGGAUUUGAAGCUUUCUGAUGGUACUGGUUCCGACGAUUGUCAUGGCAAGACGGAGAAUAUGGAACUCAGUCUUUUCAAGUACUCUGCCAUUAAUGUUGGUUCCUCCUCUUCUUCUUCCGAUCAGGAGGCUGCCAACGAGCCAAUCUCGGACAAGAACCCUAGCGAAAAGCUGUCAGUAUCAGAGACGACGACUAAGGUUUUUUCAUGCAGCUUUUGCAAGAGAGAGUUCUCCACGUCCCAAGCAUUGGGAGGGCAUCAAAACGCCCAUAAACAAGAGCGUGCAUUGGUUAAACGACGUCAAGCAGGGAUGGAUAUGGCAGCGGCGAGUGCUUUCGGACUCCCAAACUUUCCUAAUUACUAUCCCUAUUCAAGCAUUUCUUCACAGUACCCUAAAUAUGGAUCUUUGAGUACUCAAAGAUCUAACAAUAAUAUUGGGGUUCGGAUGGAAUCCAUGAUUCACAAGCCUUCUUCUAGUCUGCCAUGGCCAACCUCAUCUGGGUCGACGUUUCGUCCAUUUGGCCAAGGCGGGUGGUCAUCAAGGCAGGCCAUGCUAAUGAACAAUUCACAGCCAUUAUCCCUUGAUCAGAGGCUAAGGUUGGAGGGUUUUCAGGCACAUAAUGGUGCAAUUACACUUCAUAAUUCUGUAGGGAAUACUUCAGCUUCGAGAUUUGAGGAAAUUGGUGCUGCAUCUUCCAGCACCAACAUUCAUAGCACUUCAAUCAACAACGAAAUCAGGCCAAGUACCAGUGAUUUCCUGAACCGAGACAAGCAGCUGCUGCCUCCGAGAUCAAGCAAUGAUCAUCAUCAUGAUCAUCACGACACUGAUCAUCAAGGACUGGAUUUGUCACUCAAGCUUUAAUAAUAAUUAGUUAUUUCAUUCAUUAAAUUCCAAAAAGAAUUAUCAUGUCAUUUAGUUAUAAUUUCGAUCUAUAGCUAGCUAGUCCACAGU